UAUUGCUGUUUUGCUAACUUUAUUCAAACAAUUCGAGUUUUAUAUGAAUAUAAAAAACAAGUGUAUUUGAAAUAAAUAGAUUAUUUAAUUAAUCAUAUUAGAAAUGUGAAAUUUGCGAUCGGUUAAUUUGUAUUAAUAGAUAUAUAAGUUUCGUCAAAUUGCUGUUAAAUAAAAUAUAAUGUAGAUCUAAUAAGUGUAAUUUUAGAAAUACUGAAACUAAGCUUAUAUUCAUCUUCAAAUCAAAAUGUCAGAAAAAAAUAAUCAAUCAACACCUCAACCUCUUGUGAAAAUUGGCCAUUAUACUUUAGGCCAAACAUUAGGCGUUGGAACUUUUGGUAAAGUAAAAAUUGGUGAACAUCAAUUAACAAAACAUAAGGUUGCGGUAAAAAUAUUAAAUCGUCAGAAAAUUAAAAGUCUUGAUGUGGUUGGUAAAAUACGCCGUGAAAUUCAAAAUUUAAAAUUAUUUCGACAUCCACAUAUUAUUAAACUUUACCAAGUAAUUAGUACACCAACUGAUAUAUUUAUGAUAAUGGAAUAUGUAUCUGGUGGAGAAUUAUUUGAUUAUAUUGUUAAAAAUGGUAAAUUACAAGAACAUGAGGCAAGACGAUUCUUUCAACAAAUUAUAUCCGGUGUUGAUUAUUGUCACCGACAUAUGAUUGUCCAUCGUGAUUUGAAACCUGAAAAUUUAUUACUUGAUCAUAAUAUGCAUGUAAAAAUUGCUGAUUUUGGAUUGUCUAACAUGAUGCAAGAUGGGGAAUUUCUCCGCACUAGUUGUGGAUCACCUAACUAUGCUGCACCAGAAGUUAUUUCUGGCAAACUUUAUGCAGGUCCAGAAGUAGACAUUUGGUCAUGUGGAGUAAUAUUAUAUGCUUUAUUGUGCGGCACGUUACCAUUUGAUGAUGAACAUGUUCCCACAUUAUUCAGAAAAAUUAAAUCAGGAAUAUUUCCAAUUCCCGAAUAUCUUAAUAAAAGUGUGGUUAGUUUAUUAUGCCAAAUGUUACAAAUUGAUCCAAUGAAACGUGCAAGCAUUGAAGAUAUUAAAAAACAUGAAUGGUUCCAAAAAGAAUGCCCCGCAUAUUUAUUCCCGUCACCCGUUGAACAAGAUUCUUCUGUUAUUGAUACAGACGCUGUCGCUGAAGUUUGUGAUAAAUUUGGAGUCAAAGAAAAUGAAGUACACAGUGCACUUUUAAGUGGCGAUCCUCACGAUCAAUUGGCGAUUGCUUAUCAUUUAAUUAUCGAUAAUAAAAGAAUUGCUGAUGAAGCUGCUAAAGCAGAAUUAAAAGAUUUUUAUGUUGCUGGUAGUCCGCCACCUGUUAAUGUACCGCCUGUUCAUGACACUAGCCCAUCGCCAAUUCGUCCACACCCAGAAAGAAUUGCACCCCUCAGAGAUCGAGUUAUUGAUAGUUGUUCAAAAAAUCGUGGAACACCUGUAAAACGUGCAAAAUGGCAUUUAGGAAUACGAUCGCAGAGUAAACCAAAUGACAUAAUGAUGGAAGUAUAUCGAGCCAUGAAAGCUUUAGAUUUUGAAUGGAAAAUAAUUAAUCCAUAUCACGUUCGAGUUCGCCAUAAAAAUAACAAAAAUGAUAAAUAUAUUAAAAUGUCUUUACAAUUAUAUCAAGUUGAUUACAAGAGUUAUUUAUUAGAUUUUAAAUCCCUUAGUAACGAGGAAGCGAUCGAUGCUACUAAUGAAAACGGUUUUCCAGCACCAAAUCAAUUUGCAUUACCCAUUGCACCUGUAACAAAUACUGUUCCAUGUGGCGGUCAUCAUACAAUGGAAUUCUUUGAAAUGUGUGCUGCAUUAAUUAUACAAUUGGCACGCUAAAACAAAAUUUAUUUAAUCUAGAUAUGUGCAAAUUUUAUUUGAAAUC